AUGGCUGAAGCUGUUGCUGUUGAACCUAAUGUUUCCGGAUUCUUUUGCCACAAAUGCCUUUUAGAAAUCAAUGCGAAAUUACCGGAUACACGUCUGUUUGACACGUUCUUCGACCUGAGUGACAACGCGAGUCGCGACGACAACGACGACAACGACGAGCUGGCGGCGGUUGCGGCGGCGCACGUGCGCGACGGACCGUCACAGAACACGCGGUCACGGACGCGGCGAGAGCUCGGCACUGCCGCCGCCGGCCAGCGGCGACGGAGGAACACGCCCGGCGGGAGAGCGGACGCGACGACGCCGCUAGAAAUGUUGCUUCAUCAAAUUCUGGGCGGGUUGACAGGAACUGCGGUGUUCACGUCUGGCAGUGGCGGGAUGCCGUUGUUUCUAAACCUUCACGGUGAGCCGGGUGACUACGCGUGGGGCCACGGAGGACUCGAUUCCAUCAUCACGAGGUUACUCAAUCAGCUAGAUGGAGCAGGCCCUCCGCCUGCACCUGAACACACUAUUGACAAGUUGCCUAGAGUCAACAUCACUCCAGACCAAGUCGCGCGGACGCUACAGUGCUCCGUCUGCAUGGAGGAGUUUGUGCUGGCAGAAGAAGUGACGCAGUUGCCCUGUGAUCAUCACUUUCAUUCGGACUGUAUCGUGCCCUGGCUGAAACUGCAUGGCACGUGCCCGAUCUGCAGGCUGAGUCUGUCGCCGCAGGAGGACAGCAAUCGGCAAGAGACAGACAUGGCGGAUGGCAGCUCAGCUGCAUCAUCUACAGAUGACGGCUCCAACCUUGGCGUGGUGGGUGCGGAUGCCGCGCUUGGCAGAUGGAGCAUGAAUGACGGCAGCCAGCAAGAC